GGCGGGUCCGGCGGGGCGCGGGCGGGGGGCUCGGCGCGGCGGCCACUGCGCGAGGCGACGCUGCGGUUUCGGCUCCAGACAUGCUGCUGCUCAAGAAACAGACGGAAGACAUCAGCAGCGUCUAUGAGAUCCGGGAGAAGCUCGGCUCGUGAGUGUGUGUGUGUGUGUGUGUGUAUGUGUGUGUCAGCGAAUGUGUGUCAAUGGAUGUGCUGUGUGUGUGUCAGUGACUGAGUGGGGGCCGGUUGUGUGGCGCGGGACUGGGAGGACCUUCCCCACCCCUUCCCCCUCCUUUCCUGCUCUUUGCCUCCCCCCUCCCCCUCUCCGCCUCAGGGGCGCCUUCUCUGAGGUGAUGCUGGCCCAGGAGCGGGGCUCCUCACACCUUGUUGCCCUCAAGUGCAUCCCCAAGAAGGCCCUUCGAGGCAAGGAGGCCCUGGUGGAGAACGAGAUCGCAGUGCUCCGCAGGGUCAGCCACCCCAACAUCGUGGCUCUGGAGGACGUCCACGAGAGCCCUUCCCACCUCUACCUGGCCAUGGAGCUGGUGACAGGGGGCGAGCUGUUUGACCGCAUCAUGGAGCGUGGCUCCUACACGGAGAAAGACGCCAGCCACUUGGUGGGCCAGGUCCUCGGGGCCGUCUCCUACCUGCACAGCCUGGGCAUCGUGCAUCGAGACCUCAAGCCUGAAAACCUCCUCUACGCCACGCCCUUUGAGGACUCCAAAAUCAUGGUCUCCGACUUCGGCCUCUCCAAAAUCCAGGCUGGCAACAUGCUGGGCACUGCCUGUGGGACCCCGGGAUAUGUGGCCCCGGAGCUCUUGGAGCAGAAACCCUACGGGAAGGCUGUGGAUGUGUGGGCCCUGGGUGUCAUUUCCUACAUCCUGCUGUGUGGGUACCCCCCCUUCUACGACGAGAGCGACCCUGAACUCUUCAGCCAGAUCCUGAGGGCCAGCUACGAGUUUGACUCUCCCUUUUGGGAUGACAUCUCAGAAUCAGCCAAAGACUUCAUUCGGCACCUUCUGGAGCGAGAUCCCCAGAAGAGGUUCACCUGCCAGCAGGCUUUACAGCAUCUUUGGAUCUCGGGGGAUGCAGCCUUUGACAAGGACAUCCUGGGCUCAGUCAGUGAGCAGAUCCAGAAGAAUUUUGCCCGGACCCACUGGAAGCGAGCGUUCAACGCCACCUCCUUCCUGCGCCACAUCCGCAAGCUGGGCCAGAGCCCUGAGGGCGAGGAGGCGUCGGAGCGGAGGGUGGCCCGCCACAGCCACCCUGGCUUCCAGUCUGGCCAGCCCCCCAAGUGGUGAUGCCCAGGCAGACGCUGUGUCCAAGUGCGUUGACUUCUGGAUCCCCUUCCCAUGGGUGGCCCCUUCCAGACCGCUUUCCUCACCCCCAGGACCCUGGGCUGGCCUCUGCUGGAGUUCGAGAUGUGUGGGUGUGGUGCACAGCACUGGGGCAGGAGUGGAACUCCCCUCUGCCCUCUGUGCCUCGGGGCUGAUGGGUUGCGUGCACGGGGACACACAGGGAUGCCCUCCACUGUCACCACCACACCCCCUCUCGGAGCCAAGGUGGCUUCCAGGGGUAGUUCCUCCCGCACGCCGCUCUGUGCUUUGCUGACUGUGGUGGUCCCGCUUUGUGUCGUGGCCCUCCAGCCCCCUCCAGUUUUCCCCGAAUCAAUAAAGACAGACAGAGCAAUGGGCCAGUAGUGAGCUGGAGG